CUUCCUUAAAUUUGGUCCUUCCUUUUUCUCGUUAAAAUAUCAUUUUUUAAAUAUUCUAAAAUAGAAAAAUAACUCCACCCGCCUCUCUCUCUCCUCUCUCCUCACCGCACCUUUCUGUCGCGUACGAAUGGCAUAAGAAACACAAACACAGAGUCCCAAAAGCAGCGUAAAUGCAAAGCUGAGUGAAAAACCCAAACCUGCGGCGCACGAUAGAGCCAUCCGCCCCGAACCUCGCCGGGCCGUGCUGUUGAAUCUGCGAAAAUCGCGCUGUUUUCAGGAUUCAUUUGCUCAGAUCGAGUUUUGCCGACAGCGUUUUCCUUGAAGAUUUUCGUCAUUCCCGAGCAUUUGAAGUACAACUGAGUUAUGCGGGGGCGCCACACAGAGCUCUUCUCGAUGUACAAGCGUGCAUCCUCUAAAGAUCAUCUUAAUAGCUUUGAUCGAGAAGAAAUGUCAGGCGAACCACCAAGUGAUGAGUGGAGAGAUAUGGGAAACCCAUCAUGGAAACGCCCUUUGCCACAUGUUCUGGUGGCAACUUUGUCCUCAUUCUUAUUUGGUUAUCAUCUUGGGGUUGUUAAUGACACUCUAGAAAGCAUUUCUAUAGACUUAGGCUUCAGUGGAAGUACUAUGGCUGAAGGUGGUGCAUUUCUUGGCUCCAUAUUUAGUGGUUGGAUAUCUGAUGGCCUUGGUCGUAGGAGAGCGUUCCAGUUAUGUGCUUUACCUAUGAUCAUUGGGGCUUCCAUGAGUGCCACCACAAGUAGUCUGGAGGUCAUGCUUCUCGGUAGGUUCUUUGUUGGAACAGGAAUGGGUCUUGGUCCUCCUGUUGCUGCUCUCUACGUGUCAGAGGUUUCACCAGCUUUUGUGAGGGGAACGUAUGGGAGCUUCACCCAGAUUGCAACAUGUCUUGGACUUAUGACAGCCCUAGUCACAGGGAUUCCAGCCAAAAAUGUUCCUGGCUGGUGGAGAGUUUGUUUUUGGGUAUCUGCUAUUCCUGCUACAUUACUGGCUUUCUUAAUGGAGUUCUCCACGGAGUCUCCACAUUGGCUUUUCAAGCGGGGAAAAAUUUCUCAAACUGAAGAGGAACUCGAGAGGCUUAUGGGGGCAUCACAUGUUAAAUCUGCAAUGGCAGAAUUAUCAAAAUCAGAUAGAGGGGAUGACGUGGAUGUAGUCAAAUUUUCAGAAUUACUCCAUGGUCGUCACUUUAGAGUGGUCUUCAUUGGGUCAGCUUUAUUUGCAUUACAACAGCUAUCGGGCAUAAAUGCUGUAUUUUAUUUCUCUUCAACUGUCUUUAAUAGAGCUGGAGUCCCUUCUGAUAUUGGGAACUUAUGUGUCGGAAUAGUGAACAUAGCAGGGUCUGUUGUGGCUAUGAUUCUGAUGGAUAAAUUAGGAAGGAAGCUACUUCUUGUUUGGAGUUUCUUGGGCAUGGCAGUGGCUAUGGGAUUUCAAGUUAUUGGGGCUAGUGAUAUCUUGUCCGACACUGAAAAUUUAUACCUUUCUGUUGGAGGGAUGCUAAUGUUUGUUUUGACAUUUGCCUUGGGUGCUGGGCCUGUUCCUAGUCUCCUCCUAUCAGAGAUAUUCCCUAGCCGGAUUAGGGCUAAAGCAAUGGCUUUUUGCAUGGCUGUACAUUGGGUGAUUAAUUUUUUCGUGGGCUUAUUAUUUCUUCGUAUGCUGGAGCUGCUGGGCCCCAAAAUCCUGUACUCCAUAUUUGCAACCUUUUGCUUGAUGUCUGUGGUGUUUGUAAAGAGGCAUGUUAUUGAAACCAAAGGAAGAUCGCUACAAGAUAUUGAGAUGGCACUUCUUCCUGCUGAUUAGGGGCAUUUCAGGCAAGAUUGUCCCACCGGGGGGACAAUGACAGCAAAGGCCAUUAGCAUAUCGUAAUUCUCCAUUAGCAUAGUAUAUGGCGAUGGCAUUGCUAUAUACGGGACUUGCCAAAAUGGUGUAAAAUAUCACAAUUUUGGUGCCAUGCUGAAUACAACCCUCCAUUUUCUGUGGUUGCAUUCAUUUUUUAGCCUCCAUUUUACGUAUAUUUAGUGUGCCUUAGUCGAAUAGGGUUCAUGAUAAAUGUUACAGAGCCGAUACAAAGAGUUGUUCUUAGCCAUGUGCUGUUUGGCUAAUUUUAUUUGUAUCUCUUCGUGAAAAUAUAUAUACAACUGCCUAAAAAACCUCUUAGGAUCAGGUAAAACUGAGAUAGCUAUGAAGUGUAUUGGGUAUUCUGGAGAGAAAUUUCCCCAUAUCAAUGGCAUAUCUGUUUGGUUAACUGUUUCUGUCUGGAAAUGUAAUAAAUGUGUUUCAACUCCGACCUUAAAUUUCAAUUUGAGAAGUCAAUGGAUUUCCUAUUGAUACAGACAAAAAUAAUAAUAAUUGAGAACUCCGUCUUUUGCAUGUCUAA